AUGGAUGGUGGCAAUGGUCUGAAAAUUCUGUAUGCUGAGACCCUCCAAGGGAUUGGCAUUCCAAUGUCCAAACUCAGUGAGAGCAACAUGCAGUUCCACGGAGUCAUCCUAGGGAAGAAAGCAAAGACACUCGGACAGAUUGCCCUUGAUGUGGUUUUUGGAGAUUCCAAGAAUUUCCGCAAGGAGAAGUUGACGUUUGAGGUAGUGGAUUUCCAUAGUGCCUACCAUGCUAUCCUAGGCAGGCCCGCAUAUGCUUGUUUCAUGGCCCAUCCAUGUUACGUGUAUCUUAAGUUGAAGAUGCCCGGGCCCAAAGGUGUGAUCACAGUCACGGGUAAUAGGCAGAGAGCGGAGGAGUGCCUCCAAAAGGGUUCCAAGAUUGCUGACGAGCAAAUGGCGGUGGUAGAGCUGGAAGAGUACAAGAAAAAUGCAGAUCCGAGCGAUUUGUUGCAAGCCAAGAAGUCUGCUUUAGAGUCCGCAUUUCAGUCGGCCGGUGAGAUGAAGCCAGUCCACAUUCUCCCGGAAGACCCCACUACUGCUCCGACCCACAUUUCAACAACACUCGACAGCAAAUAG